UAAGAACAGGAAAAAAAAAAGUAUAUAUAACACGGAACAUUCAUGUGUACAUCUCGUCUCUCGUUCACAACGACAACACUUAAUCUAUACAUAUUUCAUACAUCAUGCCCGUCAAAACGAAAUUAAUCAAUAUGCAACGACAGCUUCUGCGCAAAUACAUUUUACAAAGACGGCACACAAAAAGAACACAAAACCAUACAAAUAUUCACAAUGUACGAUUAUUUCUUUUUUUCGUUUCUCAAAUGAUUCGAUGCGCGCGUACACCAAUUUUGACUGUAGAUAAUACAACCACUUUUUCCCACUUGUUUCUCUUUUCGUUUUUCCAUAUAUUACAUUGUGUGUACGUAAAGCAAGGGAAUAUAGGCAGCGAACACAAAAAGUCCGACCAUACGAAGAAUAAUUUAACGAAGAAAAGUAUCGAAAGCGCAUAGACCAUAUGUUUCAAAUGUUGUUUACAUGUCGCACAAUAAUCGAUUGAAGAAUUUCCAUAAGCUGUAAAGUAAAUUCAUUUGUGUUUUAGUCUUCUCUUUAUAUUUUAUGUAGUCAUACAUGCUUUUUUGUUCUUCCUCUCAAUUUGUGUGAAAACUUAAUUUCAAAUCGAAAAUCAAAAGUGGCGUGAUUUUUAUAUGUUUUGUGCAAUUGAUAUUCGCGAAACAAGUGUAAAUGAUUCAAAUGAGCAUACGUUGUGGCGGUACAUGAAAUUUUAAUAAUUUUUUUGCAAAACAUUGCAUUUAUCUUGAGAUAGACAGAGAGAGAAAGAGAAAGAGCGCGACAUUUCUUUAAGUGAAAUUGAAGAAGAAAAAAAAAGUGAGUUUAAUAUAUGCUUUGGUGAGACAGACCGACGUGUGCCUGAUUUUACGAUUUUUGUGGUGAAUCAACGUAAAAUCAAAUCGUGAAUGUUGCAUAUGUUUGCUACAAAUUUCGAUCACAAGCAUAAUUUCCUUUGAUUUGGAAAUAUUACGAACGACCUACGUUCUUAGUGACACAACCAUCUAUUUUUCUUUCGCGUGGUGUGUGUGUGUAUUUAUUACUUUUGGUUUGAAAAAAUUAUCUUUCCGUCAUUUUAAUUCGUCCAAUUAUUCGUUGAGUCAACAUUCAUUUGGAUUCGUCAGUGCAAAUAAAAAUGGUUUCAGGGUCGGCACUUGAGAUUUAUGUGAUUGUAUUACUUUGUAUAACACUGCGAUGUAAUUACGUUGAAACGUUGCCAUCAACAUUUCUGCAAGAUGAACAACAGCAAGCCGAACAACAGGCCGAAGCGAUAAGCGAACGAUUUUAUGAUGAAGUUCGUCAAUUGUUGGAACAAAAAAUAUCAUCGGAAGCAGCUGCUGUAGCAGCCGAACUAGAAACGACCACAACUGAAUCACCAGCGCCAAUCGCUAAUGCUGAUGAACGUUACAUUGAAACAACCGUUUCUCAAACAGCCGACGAAAAAGUACAGGGAAACUAUCCAACAAUCAAACCACCUAAACCGACACAGGUAACCGAUUGGCCAAAACUUGAUUUGCGCCUGGGACAAGUUGUUGCUGUUUCGAUUGGAUUGGAUGGUCAUCCUGUCAUUUUUCAUCGGGCCGAUCGAAUUUGGACAGAUGAAACAUUCAAUGAAACAAAUCAUUAUCAGUUGACGCACAUUGGACCAAUUGAUGUUGAUACAAUUUUAAAAUUGGACGCUGCAAAUGGAAAAGUAUUGAAUUCGUGGGGUGCAUCGUUGUUUUUCUUUCCACAUGGCAUGACAAUUGAUCACCACGGUAACAUAUGGGUGACAGAUGUUGCAUUGCAUCAAGUGUUUAAGUUUAAACCAAAAUCACGUUACCCUUCCAUCACCAUUGGUAGACGAUUCCAACCUGGUUCCAUUCCAAGUCAAUUGUGCAAACCAACAGCCGUUGCUGUUGCAACUACUGGCGAGAUUUUUGUUGCCGAUGGUUACUGCAAUAAUCGAAUUUUAAAAUUCAAUGCAGCCGGACGAAUUCUACGUGUAAUUCCACAACCACCCGAAUUUUUGUCACUUCAAGUUCCACAUGGUUUAACCUUGCUCGAGCACUUGGACUUGGUUUGCAUUGCAGAUAGAGAGAAUAUGCGCGUCGUUUGCCCGAGAGCUGGGCUCAAGACAUCCUUGGAUGAAGGAACACCAGCAGCAACCAUACAAGAACCAGAUUUGGGCCGAGUAUUUGAUGUCGCAGCAUAUGGUAAUUUUGUUUAUGCUAUUAAUGGACCAACAUCACAAAUAAUCCCAGUUCGCGGCUUUACCAUCGAUCCAAUGACCGAACAGAUAAUCGAUCACUGGGGUGGCUUUGAGAAUCCGCACACCAUUGCAAUUUGCCCGAAUGGUUCGGCCAUGUAUAUAGGAGAAAUUGGACCAAAUCGACUAACGAAAUUCACAUUGCAAGACGUUAGUUCCCCGAAAUAAAGAAUAUACAAUGAGCUUACAAUCUACGCACAUACACCCCCAUACGAACAACACAAACACACAACCAACUCACACUCUUUCUCAUCGUACAUACAAAUUUAAAAUAAAAUAUGACAUUCCAAAAUAGAUCAAACUGAAGCAGACAAACUUUAUCACUUAAAAUAAUAAUGCAUAAUAAUUCAUCAAUUGUUCUUUUUUAGAAAUUCUUUUUUUCUUCUUCUUCAUUUUUCCCUGAAAAUCAUCGUUGAAAUUCUUCUUCCUCGAAAUGUUUCGUUUCUGCCUAUUUUUUUGAUAUAUUUACAGUUAUUACAUAGAUUAUAUUCCAACAUUCUAUAACUGGCAUUAAGACAGCACAACGUAUAAGGAGAUUUGAAAAUAAUAAUAAUAAUUUAACAAAAAAAAAAAAGUUUUUUUACAAUAUAUGUGAACUUUUCAUACCAGAAUAUUUGUAGAAAAGAAUUUUAGAGAAACAAAAAAAAUGGAAGUAAACGCGUUGAAUACGAUUAUAUUGUGUACAAUAAAUGAGAUGAACUUUGAAUGAAAAUUUAGAAAAUGGAAAAAGAACAGCAGCGGUAACAUAUUCGCGACAACAAAAGAACAGUUCUUAAAUUCAUUUCUUGUGAUGUUGAUGAACCAAAAUGAAAUAUUGCAAAUGCAAAAAAAA